ACUUCAUCAUCAGCAGCAGUCCAGUAAGUCGCAAUUUUUAAAUCACGGGAGAGCAGAGUACAUAUUGGUCUUGCAGAUUAUCUAUAACCGCUUGAGUAAACAGGUGCUAAGCCUGCAACAAGACGUCACUCUAGCAAAGACCCCAACUCCCCAAAGCAGUAUCAAUUUUAAUAUUCAGUACCAGUUCGCAUGCACAUUAUAGUUGCGCAAAUUUCUCCUCUUCGCUAAAUCUCAAGAGAAGUUGACAAUUUCUAGGGCUUAGCAUACUCUCAAAAUGCCACACCACCGCACCUACAUAGUAGAGCACCUCGACCCGGAGUUGGGUCCGUGGUCAGAGCUCGAGUACAUCUCCAUCGCCAAGGAAUCAGGUGAAGCAAAUGCCAGCUUUUUGCUGUCAUCUCUUCCCGACGGCUUCAAGGUUCCCGAGAAGUUGGCCAACCAGCCUGCCUUCAAGGCCGAGCACCGAGGUGUCGAAGAGAUGUACCCGGAGGGCAACGGCAAGGAGAGGGUAUGCCUCCUGGAUCCGGCUGCCGACAAGGACCUGAACCCCGAUGACAAGGGAGAGUUCGACGUCUUCCUAUUCGGUGGCAUCCUGGGAGAUGAUCCGCCUCGUGACCGCACUUCUGAGCUCCGCAAGAAGGGCUUCACCGGCCGCAGGCUGGGACCUGUUCAGAUGACGACUGACACAGCUGUCAGAGUGACGCGGAUGGUUAUCGAGGAGCAGUACACCCUCAACAACAUCCCGUAUACCGACCACCCUGACCUCAAGUUCAAUGAGCAUGAGAGCACACAAAUGCCGUUCCGGUAUGUGAAGGAUAAGGAAGGAAACCCGAUCAUGCCUGAGGGUAUGGUGGAAUUAAUCCAAAAGGACUCGGACAAGAGUAUCGAUGAUAUGUUCUAAGAGUGUAGAACCAAGGCGCAUAUACACAUGUUUCAACUAGAUUGUGACAUCAAGCUUGGGCAGAAAUAUAUAUAUAUCAAUAUCACGAUCAUACAUCAUACCUGCA